AUGGGAGACGGUCAAACUGUAAACGGCCAAGCAAAGGUCAUCGUCGCUGUUAGUGCCGUCCUAUCAGCUUUAGCCAUCCUAGCCGUCGCUCUCCGCUUCUACACCAAAACUUACAAAAGCGCAAGAAUCCAUAAGGAAGACUGGCUGAUCCUUGGUGGUCUGGCUCUCACGCUUGGUGUUACUAUCAACAACAUCGUCGGAGUCGCAGUCGGUGGCAUUGGCGAGCAGGAGAUAUGGACCAACAUUUACGCUGGCGAUGGUGUUCCAUUGUUCCCCACUCCCAAAGAGUUGCUGCCUGAUGGCAAGGUCAUGUUUGUGAUGCAAAUCAUGCAUACAUGUGCCAUGCCGGUCAUCAAAGCUUCGGUCCUGACUUUUUACUGGCGUAUCUUCGUCACUCCGGUCAACUCCUCUCGCAACCUCAGAAUUGCAAUCUGGGUGAUCGCCACCUAUGUGCUCCUCUGGUGGAUCAGCAUCUUUUUCGCCACUCUUUUCCAGUGCAAUCCGAUCUCAGACAAUUGGGGAACCAAUCCCUUGCAGCUACCAGGCUGUCCGAACAACAUCAACGUCAUGUAUCAGACUGCCGCAUUCACAAAUCUCGUCAGCGAUAUAGUAAUCCUGGCGCUUCCCUUUUUCCCUAUGAGGAAGGUUCAGCUUCCCCUGGAGAAAAAAGUCGCAGUGCUAUGCAUCUUCAUGACUGGUGCCGUUGUAGUCGUAGCUGGUAUUGGUCGAACGGUGUCCUACUUUAAGCUUCGAGACCUCGCAGACUUCAACUUUUCAUUCCACUAUUAUUGGAUCGUGCUCUGGACCUCCAUCGAGCCUACUCUUGGCGUCAUCGGCGCCUGCCUCCCCACCCUGCGCCCUUUCUUCAACGGCGUAUCGCCAGAGUCCGUCAUCCGUUCCAUCCGCAGCCAGAUCAGUCUUCGCUCCUUGCGCUCUCCCAAAAGUUCCCCAAAAAGUUCCCCUAAAAGCUCUCCCAAAGGUUCCCACAAUACGACCAGUCGCCCCGGACCUGCAAGCGAAUCGAACGAGAGAUUUGCGCACUCGGUUGAGGCCGUGGAGGGUUUUGGUACCGUCGACAAUCAUAUCACCUCUAUGGAAUUGCAGGACAGGAAUCAGUUGGAGAAGAUUUCGGAUGGCAGGGGGAACAGUAUCCACGUUAAUCGGGACAUUCAUCAGCGCACUGAGGAUAUGGUGUGA